AUGAUCAAAUUUUACUCCCGUCCCCCCCUCAACGUACGACAGGCAGUGCUGUUCCCGUCGAAAGAAGAAAUCUACCCGACCGCGGCCUUGUGGGCUUCGUGCUUCUACUCCAGCAACGACUGUAAGAUGCACAGGAAGGAGAACGAGGACGAGCAGGAGAAGGAGGGUGAGCAGGAUAAGGAGAAGGAGGACGAGCACCAGCAACACCAGCAGCACCACCGGCACCACCAGCACCAGCACCACCAGCACCAGCACCAGCACCAGCCGAACGAAUCUCCGAAAGCGGCGCGGGGGGCAGGAGACUGCCUCGACCAACCUGACAUAAAGAAACUCGAGCAGGGCGAGGCGGGGGGAGAGGGAGAGGAAGGCGGCGCUGCUAGCCAUGGUAUCUCUGAUUGCGCCGGCCAAACUGAGAAACGGUCGCCAGUAGAAGCCGAAGCUUCCCCUCACCACCCUAUCGUCGCCCGACAGGAAAAGGGAGGAGGAGGAGGCGGAGGAGGGGAUGCGAAGGGGGACAGAAAGCUAGCCGGUAUCAUCAUCAGUUCACUGAAGAAAUGGUUCAGGGAACUAGUGCCACACGGGCUGCACCGGGGUGGUGGCGUGAAUGUACACAUCGACUGA